UGAGGCUGACCCAUAUAAAUAACAGCAUGCUGAGCUGCAGAUUAUAGUAAGAGCUGCUGCUGCACUUUGCUGACCUGUGAGAGCCGAAUCAACCAUGUCACCCCAGGCAGAUUUUGACAAAGCAGCGGAGGAGGUCAAGAAAAUGAAAACAAAACCAAGUGAUGAUGAUCUGAAGGAACUGUACGGCCUCUACAAGCAGUCCACUGUUGGGAACAUAAAUAUAGAGUGUCCUGGCAUGCUAGAUCUGAAGGGCAAGGCCAAGUGGGAAGCAUGGAACCUAAAGAAAGGCUUGUCUAAGGAAGAAGCGAUGAGCGCCUAUGUUGCUAAAGCCCAUGAGCUGAUAGAAAAAUAUGGCCUGUAACAAGGUCACAUGAUCUCCUAGCGCCUUCACACAGCGGCAACCUAACUGUAAUGGACAAACGGGGAGAAAACCAUAAUAACACUCCUAUACCAGCUCUUGGCUCACAUGAUGUUUUCAGGUAUAAUUAACAACCUAGGAUCCUCCAGUCACAGAUGAACCUUGCUUUGGUCUGUACUCCUUUCUGCACUGACUUAUUAAAACGCUUUUACAAAAUGA